GUUAUUGCAGUGUCCUUGACAGGUUCUUCAUGUGUGUCAAAUAAAUUAAUUAAUAAAUACAGGCACAAAAGAUCAGAGUAUAUUACAUACUGUGCUCCGAUGCUGUUUGCGGCAGGGUAUCGCGAGAUGCAGAAGACAAAACAGAAAGCCUUUGCUUAUCGGUUAAUAUGGCGCUCAUGUAUAGUUAGUCCGUUAGCGUGCACUGCUACAUAACAGAAGACACCUGCGACAGUGAUAUGUGAAAUAGAUAGCUGGGAUUCGUACCUAGAAAUAGAUGCAGAGGUAAUGGUCCACUCUCAGACAAGUCAGAGUACACGCUAAACGAACUGUAAAGUAGCGCGGCUCAAAAAACAUGUCGCUGUGUCUCAUGGAUCAUUUCUUGUGGUGUGUUUUUAAGGUGGUCAGAAAGUAGCACUCUCAUAGAGGAGGAGGAGGAGGGCACUGGACAUUUAUUCACGGGGUUUUUAAAAAUACUUGCAGUAACAAGAUGAAUGGGAAAUAAUCCGCUGCUUUUCUUUGACACACAAUGCAGCUUCGCUUUCCUAGUGCUUGUUCGGGACCUGAUGCCUCUUUUCAGGGGAAAGUAGCUAAAGCAAGCUCUAGAAGUCGCCACGUGACGUCACAGGCUAAGUUACAUACUAGUUGUUCAUCAUGAUCAAUAGACCUCCUCAGACUCAAGAUCACGUGAUCUGAAAUAGGUAAACAAAUCCACAUGGCUGCGGAAUAUUUGUUAAGGACGACCUUGAAACCAUGCCUCACAGGCAAUUUCCACUGCCUGUUCGCUCAAAAUCUCCUCCCCCUUCUGAGGCGGUUUGUGUCUCUUCAUCUUUCAGGAAGGCCUUACGUCUAUGGAUUUCGUCGAGCUUUGCGGGAAGUGACCUUUCUCUUGUAAUCUUUUGUUCAAGACUCAGCAGAGCGUCAGGUUUUAAAGAAAGCACAACUUUAUUCAUCACACACUUCUGAAAUUUCCUCUCUGCAUUUAACCCAUCUGAAGCAGUGAGCACACACAUGCACACACGCGUGAGCAAUGAGCACACAUACAUACCCAGAGCAGUGGGCAGCCAUGCUAACAGCGCCCGGGAGUUACGUGCCUCACUCAAGGGCACCUCAGCCCAAGACCGUCCCAUAUUAACCUAACCGCAUGUCUUUGAACUGUGGGGGAAACCAGAGCACCCGGAGGAGGAAACCCACGCAGACACUGGGAGAACAUGCAAACUCCACACAGAAAGGCCCUUGCCGGCCGCUGGGUUCGAACCCAGAACCUUCUUAAUCUCCUUACUUUGCUUUUGGUUGCUACACGAAGCAGAAUGUCUGAGCAAACACUAACUCCUGCUCCCAGCUUGCUGACCUUUCAUUCCAAAUCACAUAAGGACACAAUCCUUAAUAAAUUUGACACACUGAGGAAAAGACAAAUGCUUUGUGAUAUAACCCUCAUAGUAGAAGAUGUGCAUUUUAAGGCACAUAAGACUCUGCUGGCUGCGAGCAGCGAAUAUUUCUCCUUAAUGUUCACUGCUGAAGACCAGGCCUGUCAGACUGUAUAUAGACUGGACGGCAUGGCUGCGAAGACCUUUGCAUCUGUGCUCGAGUUCAUCUACAGCGCUAGUGUGUCAGUGGAGGAGACCAGCACUGAGCAGCUGCUUGACAUGGCCCGCUUGCUAGAAAUAAGUGAGUUAGUCAAAGCCUAUGCAGACUUUCAAAUUAGCAGCACAGCCUCAGCACCAAUAAUCGGCUCAAAAGUACGUGAUGGUGACACAAGCACAAAUGAAAACCCUUCCAAACGCAAAAGGGGACGGCCAAGAAAAAACACUAACCCUUCAGUACCAGGCUUAAUAUUCCUGCCUCAGGAAUCAAAUGAAAAAGAGAACAGACUUCAUGAUGAACCUGAUAAAACUACAGUGGAUUUAUCUGCGGCCUCCCCAGAGUCUGCAGAACCGACAUGCAACUCUAAUCCCUUUCCCACUGACUCAGAAGAUGCUGAUUACGACCCGAAUGAGGACAGACCUCGGUAUGGCAAGCGCCGAAUAAGGCAGCCGGUGAAACUAAAAAGCUACCGGCUAGGAGAUGAAAUUAGUGAAGGAAGAGUGCUGGGAAAGAGGGGCAGAAAGAGGAAAUACCCAGCCACAGAACCACGCUGUGAUGACUGCGGCAAAGUUUUUAAAAACCAUCUGUUUUUAAAAAUACAUCAGCGAACUCAUACAGGAGAAAAACCCUUCCGGUGCUAUGUUUGCGGGAACUGCUUUACACAGAAACACACCCUUUUAGUUCAUCAGCGCAUGCACACUGGAGAGAAGCCAUUUGUGUGCAACAUUUGCUCUAAAGCUCUCUCCACAAAGCACUCCCUACAGGAACAUAUGAACCUGCAUGCAGAAAAGAAAUCUUUUAGCUGUGACCAGUGUGGGAAAACAUACAGCCAGAAGAGACAGUUAAAUAGUCAUUACCAGAUUCAUAGCGGAAAAGCAUUACCUGAAUGUGCACAUUGUCACCACAAGUUUAAGGAUUCAGCACAACUAAAGAAGCAUCUGAGAAUACACACAGGUGAGAAACCUUUUACAUGUGAGAUAUGUGGAAAGUGUUUUACUGCCAAGAGCACCCUGCAGACACACAUCCGAAUCCACAGAGGAGAAAAACCAUAUACGUGCAACAUCUGCAGCAAGUCCUUCUCUGAUCCUAGUGCCAGAAGACGGCAUGUUGCAUCUCACACGGGGAAAAAGCCCUACAUGUGCUCUGUAUGUAGUCUUUCUUUUACCCGUCUGGAUAAUCUAAAGGCACAUACUAAAACUCAUAAUAAAGAGCGUCCAGAUGAGGAGGGCACGCAGCUGACCACAGUGGAGGCCAUGGCAGGGAACGAGAAGAUGCACAGUGUCCUGGAGCUGCAGCAGUACCAGCUUCCGACUCACACAGAGCAGGAGAUCCAGCUAGUGGUUACCAGUGAAGAAGUGGACAAUAUUAACCUUGUGGCAGGCCAGAAGCCGGGUAGCAUCAGCAUGAUUACUGCUGAGAAUGGGCCAGAGGAACUGGCAGCAGCAGGCCAGACCCAUUCCAGUCUCACUCUUCUCACUCAUCCCUCUACGCAUAUCCAGAACCUGGCUCUGGUCACUCAGGACGAACUAGACCCCGGUGCACAAAUCCAGACCAUCAGUGUGGUUGAAGGACAGGUGAGCAGUGAGCAAGCUGAGCAGAUGCAUGUCAUCACACUAACUAAAGAGGCAAUGGAGCACUUUCAGGUUCAGCAUGGAGUUCCCCAACAGCUGCAAAUUAGCUCACGGCCCUUUCAGCAGCUGCAGGUGAUCCAGCAGGCUGUACCUCAGCUUUCUGCUACACAGGAGCCUCCUAGAGAGCAGCACAACCAGAGUCACACAGGUGCUAUCCAUAUCAGCAGCCAAGCUGGCCAGCCAAUCUCCAUCAGCCAGACAAGUGAGCAGAUCCCCAGCACUCAGAUCCAGGGACAGACCUUUCAAAUCCAGGCAGGUACAGUCUCGUACCUCUAUACCACAGGUCUCGCCCCACAGAGCUAAGGACAAGACAAGACAAAAUAGACUGAACUUCAUCACGACUGCUCAUGCUAAUACUCAUGGCAAUGGGACAAAUUAUUCAGCUCAUCAGUUGUAAUUGUAUGAUUUGACCCAAAAAGUGAACGAUUAUACUGUAAAUAACUUUAAUGACGUUUUAAUAAAUGACAUGAGACAAUAUGGUCAGCUUAUACAAGGUGGCUAAGGAUCACGCUUAAUUCAGCACAACCGAUGGCAAAUGUCUUGCCACUUUAUUAAAGAAGUGCCUGUAUUGAUAAAAAAAAAAAUACAUUAUAUACAUGAGAAGCAUAGCUACCUAGUAAACUGAACUGUGUUAAACAAAACAUACAAUGUUUUGGCUCAUAUGUAGAAAUUCAGCUGAAACUGGUGAAAAAGAUCUACUGUAUAUAACAUGAAUGAAAGCAUGACUUUAUGAUCUAAGGUGGUAGAACUGGAACUGGGUAAGAGCAUGUUUGUGUUCUCCAAACACAGGCACUGCAAGCUCCGUGAAUUACCAUCAAAGGAGUUAAACCAGCCAUGUUCAGCUUGGAUGGAGAAUUUUACCUUUCACCCAUCUUAUUGACAUUAAGAGGUCUCUAGACAUGUCAGAGUUUUAGACGUAGUUCAUUUUUUCCCCUCAUAAUUUGAUAGAGAGCUGUAUUUUCUACAAUAUUUUUGUUUGCUUUUGCUCUCUCAAACAAAUGAGUCUUGCUUGCUUCAGAAUGAUGUAGUGUCAAUAAAGAUGUUUAUA